AUGAAGGACCGCGUUGCUAUCUCGCUGCCCCUCGAGACUCUGAUCAAAGACAACUGCUCAUUAUAUCCCGGCGACGACCAUGGCGGAUACAGACUCAACACUGUCACCCAACUCGACGUCCGCGGAACAUGGACGGCCACAGUCCUCAAGACGUCGACCUCUGGCAAGGAGCAGCCCCAGGUCCUGUACAAGUCCAGGGGCCAGGAUCUGACCAGGGUCAUGGAAGAUCUUCUCGAGCAGACGGCCAAGAUGAUGAACCUCCACAUAAACCAGAAAGGCUACACUAAUCUCGUGAGCAGGAGCAGGAGCCGCCACGGCCACGACCACGACCACAGUCACAUGUCCUCCUGCGCCAGGUGUCACGCAUACAGCGAACGCAGCGACGACGACGACGGCGACGACAAAGAUGAUGACGAGGCCGUCAAGAGCGACAACGACGACAGCAGCGUCACCUCCGACGACUCCAACUGGUCCGCCAAGGCAGGCAGGCGCCCGCCCUCUACCGACUCUGGUUCGGCGGGUGGUACCACCGUCCCGUCCGCUGCCACCACCAUCACCACCAAGCUUCCAGCCCCGCCGCCCCCGCCGCCCGCGAACGUCACCGAGGUCACGACCUUCAACCCUCCCCCGCCCCCCCCCGUUUCCGCCAUCCCGCCCCCCCCGCUCCCUCGUUUCCAGGAGAGCGACGGCGCCGAGAAGAGGGUGGGUGGUGUCCCUGCCAUGACCCGACCCCAUCAGCCGAUGCCCGACCCCGUACCCUUCGAGAUGAGGCGCCCCAACCCCCCACCCGCACAUGCCGCCGCCGCCGCCGCCGCCGCCGCCUCAGCUCCCCGCCCAGAGGUUCCCGGACCGCUCCGGCGUACCCACUACGUUGCCAGGCUCGCACUGAUCAACGUCAGCUGGGUGGGACACCUGAGAUGCUCAACCGUCAACCGGAUCCCCCUCCGCGCGACCGAGAUCACCGGAGCGGCCAUCGUGGCCGCCGAGGCCCGCGGCCUGCACCGCAACGGUGGGCAUGGGAGGGGGCCGGUCAGGGCCGUCAUCAAGGGUGUCCGCGUCGGUGCCUUUGAGAUCCAGGUCAGGUGCCAGGUUGAGAAUGUCGAAGCCCUGAUUGACGGGUUCGUCAAGAACGGGUCUCUGCCGUCUUGGGCGGAUAUGCCCAUGCCUACUAUCGAAGUCGAGGUCCGCAUCGACUCCGGCCGCGGUAACUGA